AUGGUGGAUGAGCUAUGCUCUGGGCAGAUUGCGGUUCGUCGGGCCAUCGAGUCCAUGAGCACCGGCCCACAAAAACACAUCGUGCUUGGGUGCUCCUGCGCCGCAUCGAGUGAGCCGGUAAACCACGCCCUUUACUACUACAAAGUCAUGCAGGUGUCUCCAUUCUCCAUCACCGUGGAGCUCAGCGACCGUGACAAGUUCCCCUUCUUCGCCCGCAUGGCGCCCUCCUACCGCAUCACCGUCAUGGCAACCGUGGAGGUGUUGAAGAAGUUCAACUUCCAAAGAGUUGGUUUCGUGCGUGGCACAGCCGGUCUCUUCGUUGGACUCUCGGGGCUUUUCCUGGAGGCCGUGCAACGGGACCUGGAUGCGGGCACUUACAACUGGACGGUGCUCUUCGAAGCGGUUGUACAGGAUGUGGAUUCUGCCGCAGCUGCAGUGGAAUUGAAGCGCAAGCGGGAUGCCCGCAUGAGUGUGAUUGCUUCCUACCAGGGCGAGGGAGCCAUGGUUUUCUGCCAGGCAUACAGGCAUGGCAUGCUUGCGCCAGACUACAACUGGAUGCUCUUGAAUGGCUGGUGGAGCCAGAACUUCAUGAAUGCCGCAGCCGGCACCGCGACAUGUCCUUGUUCCGCAGAGGAGGUCCUGCACGCCGCCUGGGGGAUGAUGGCAUACACCUAUGGUCCCAUGCAGAAAACGGACGACGUGCACGGCCUUUCAGGCCGAAGGUUCUCAGACAUCUCUGACGACUACUACAGAGACUGCGCCGCUUGGGGCAACGGGACGGGAAUCUGCUCGGACGCCAUGGGCUACAUUUACGAUGGGCUUUGGCAAGUUGCAACCGUCCUUCAUGGUUUCCUCAUCGACCAGAACAGGUCCUAUGACGAGCUCAAUACCGACUUCUCCCGGGAGGCCCUGUACCAGCUCACCCUUCACCAGGACUACAUGGGAAUCACCGGCCGGGUGCGGCUCUUCAACAGCGUGGAGCCGACGACCACCCCUCCAUCCUAUGGAGACCGGGAGGGCGUGAUGCUGAUUCUGCAGGUUGCGGGGACAACCACGGAGCCCUUCGAGCAGACGGGCCUCUGGACGGCAACAGGGAUUCGCUGGCUGAGAGACAUCACCUGGAGCGCGACGGACAGCAGCCGUGCCAUCAGCUGCAGCAGCGGGACUUGCGACAUGGCAACAGCCUUUGUUCCAGCAGAUCGAAGCAGCCAGUGCCCUGCCGGAACUAUCUGGUUCAACGACCUCGGCUGCACCGACUGCCCCACUGGGCGUUUUGGGGCUGCCGGCGCGACCCAAUGUGAGCCUUGCCUCACGGGAGACUUCAGCAAUGUGAGUGGCCUGGCGAGCUGUUACCCGUGUCCAGCUGGCAGCAUCAGUGAAGAGAAGGCAUCGUCCGCCUGCAUGUUGUGCCAGAGAGGUUUCUUCGUGAACGAGUCUGGUGCCUCACAGUGCUUCAAGUGCAAAGGAGGUACUUAUGCGGACCAAUCAGGUCUCACGCAAUGCCGGGACUGCCCGGCGGGAAGGACCACCAACUAUGAGGGCGCUUUAGAUGCUGCAGCCUGUGCUUGCAAUGGCGAGCUCUGGCAAGGUGAAUGCAUUCGCUGUCCAGAUAACUUUCGCUUCGAGUCGGGUCAGUGCGUCUCGUGCCAAGCUGGCCUCGAAUGCGAGGAGGGAGAAGAGCCGACGAUCCUCCCAGGCUACUAUGCCACGUUGGCAGCACCCUACGAGAUCUACAAGUGUCUGCCGUCGGACAAGUGCCCGGGAGGUGCCCCAGGGGCAUGCAAGGGUGGCCUCAUUGGCGUGCCUUGUACACAGUGCCCCGAUGGGUUGAGCUUGGAAGAGGGCAUCUGCACCCCGUGCGCUGGAGGAAGUUUCGUGGGGUGGGUCUUCGCAGCUGUGAUUGGCAUGACUUCCUUGGUGGCUGUGUACUACCUUAUCAACUCGCCAGCUACGACGCGAGCAAGCGCGAUGUUGGCCACGACGUGCGUGCUCGGCAUGACCAUCAGCAUGCUCCAAUCUGUCGGCAUCAUCGGCCUCAUCUCCUUUGAGUGGCCCUCCGAGCUGGCCUGGGUCUUCGAGACCAUGAACUUUUUCCUCCUGGAUAUCGAUUCCAUGGGAUUCGACUGCGUGGCUGGCAACCCCGUGAGACGGUAUGCGUACAGCGCUGCGGCAUUGCCCAUUGCACUGCUUUGGAUCCUCACAGCUGCGGUGAUCAGCCGCAGGUGUGCUCCCCUGCGCUGGCGAUUUGAAUGGCCAAAGACCUUCAGCACCAUGGGACAGGUGGUCCAAGUGGCCUUCACCAUCUGCAGCAAGACCGCGCUGCAGCCCAUGAUGUGCUACGCUCACCCCAAUGGCAAGGAGGGAAUGCUCUCUCACAAUGGCAUCUUUUGCUUCGAGAGCCCCGAACACACCACGAUGUUUAUGAUGGGCGUGGCUCUCCUUUGCCUCCUCAUUGGUUUCUACGCCCUCGCGGUGUGGGGUACCGUGUACGCGCCUCGAGCUGCCAAGAGCGGCAACGCAACCUUUCUCCAGGCAGUCCGCUUCUUGAUCGCUCGAUUCCGCGUCGACUUUUGGUGGUAUGGAACGGCCCUGCUGCCGAGGGGUCUCGCGCUGUCUUUGUCCAUCGUCCUGGCUGCUGACUAUCCUUUCGUGCAGAUGGUUCUCAUCGUGUCCAUCCUACAAGUGUAUUUAGUUGUGCAGCUGAUCACCUGGCCGUGGAAACUCCCAGCCUUGAACCUCUUCGACGCCGUGGUCAGCGUGUGCCUGGUGAAGAUGAUGGUGUGCAUGUGCGCGUUCACACCGGACCUUCCGCAAUCGAUGCUGGAUAUCCUGACAAGCCUGUCAAUCGGGAUCAUGGUGGCGCUCCAAGUGGUGGUGCUUUGCAUGGUCUGCGUGACGGUGGCCUCGAUGUUCUACCGACAUGCCCUGGGGAGUGCCAAGGAGUCGGUGAUCUUGGCGUUGGGCAAGGUCCCUGAUGCGGAGAUCAUGGCGAAGAAGCUCUCCCACUUCGGCAGCGUGAUCAAGGACAUCCCGCACAGAGACAUGGUGAGGGUCUUGAAUGCCUUGUCCAUCUACGACCUGCGGAUGACAAGCGGCGUUAUGACGGCUGUGGGAGCAGAGGCUGGCGAAGCAGAACUGAUGCUUGCAAGCCGCGUCUCGCUGAUGUCACAGAGUUCCCGCA